UUAAAUAUAGACUGCCGACGAUUCUGUCGCCAACAAACAGUACAAUCGCGAUCACACGUUAUCACUGAAAAUGUAUAGAUUAGGAGUUAAUCACACGGUGAACAGUAUUGUGUAUACUUAAUGUGGUAUUGAUACGUUGUGUUAAAAUGUCCGAGUCUUCCGCAUCCGGAAGAAAAUUGGUUCUAAGUACGCUCCUAGAAACAGAACACUACGAGAGUUUAAUAAAGGACCUAACGUGUACAAAAUGUAACAAAUAUAUGAAGCCUCCAAUAUAUCUAUGUGUGGAUGGACAUAGUAUAUGUGGGCUCUGCUAUGAGAAGAGCUACCAAUGUCAUGUUUGCAAGAAAGAGUUCGCGCUGAUCCGACCUCAGAUUUUAGAGUCAUUAGCAAAUAAAAUGAUGUUCCCGUGCACCAACGAGGGAUGUCCUAAGCACGCAAAUCUCUCGUUACUCGAGAAGCAUAUUGCACAUUGUCAAUAUCGGAUCAUAAAAUGUUUUAUGGCUAGAGUUUAUGGUGAGUGCAUGUGGGAAGGUAGAGCUGGAGAAUGGAUGGACCACUGUUUUGCUGAACAUAAGGCGAAGGUUACUGAUCUACCUUUCAUCACAGUCAACGAUAAAUGGAAUGGAAAACGGACAGAGCCAGUCCUAAACUACUUCCUACUUAAAUGCUACGAGAGGAUUUUUAAUGUUUAUCAAAUAUAUGACAAAAAAGGCGGAAGAAUGAUGUGGACAGUUCUAGUAAAUGACGACCAAGCAGAGAAAUUCUAUUUUGAGGUCGACAUAUUUCUGCCUAAUGUUCCAAGCAAGAGGAUCGUGUAUAGACGUCCUUGUAAAUGCGAAAAGGACGCUGAUUUUCUGGAGCAUACGCAAAACGUCUUCAUUCCUAUUGAAAAUAUUUUUUCCAUGCUGGACGAAAGUGAAUCAAUUAAUUUCACAGUUCGAAUCGGUGAAGUGGAAAACUUGCCCCUUUUGGAAACGCGCACAGGAAGUGAGAGCCUAAUAUUGCUUAACAGCGAUUAUAAAGAAGAAGAAUAGAUUGAGAUUUAUACGGAUUUCAUAUUUUGUGUGUAUUAACUAUGCAUUCCUGAUUGGCGUGUACUCGCUUUGUAUACGUGUUUUAAAUUUCAUGUAGAAAUGGAAAGUUUAGUCCCUUCCCAUUUAGUCAUAAAAAUAAAAAAUCUGUCUCCUUUCAUCACCGCGUAAAUACAAUUUGUCAGACAAGGACGAAAGAGUUGAAAGAGUGCACUUGAGUAAUUUAUUUUUUGCAGAAGGGUUUAAUAUAAGUGAAGUUGUAUUCUACAUUUCUUAUGUCUUGAUAUUGUUAGUUUUUAUGAAAGUAUUAUAUUUCAAAUCGAUUUCAGUAUAAUGGGAUUAAAAUGAAAUUAUCACAUAUAUUUAAACGUUUUAAUACAAGUGAAACAUGAGAGAUUAAUAAUUUAUUAACAAAAUAAAAAUGGUUCAUAAUAGUCUCUUCAUUGUUUAUUGUCACAUAUUUUAAUAUAUUGCAUACAUAGUACGAAUAUUGUUCGUUGGGUUUAUGUUAUAAUGUAAUGGCAGGAUAAAAUACUAGUACAAGUAAAAAAUGCAUGUUCAUAACACUAUUAUUACUAUUAAAGCAAAAAUAUUGUAUGGUUUCUGAAUUUAAAAAAAAAAAUGGUUUUAUUGCUUCUGAGGUAACUAAUUAUAAUAUUUUUCAUUAAAUGUUAUCAAAACAUCUCGAUAUUACUUGUACGUCGUCCAUGCAGUAGGUAUGAUUAGUCAUACCUACUGCAUGGACACCGGUCGUGCCAUAUGUAUUUUUUACUAAGCUACUGAGCCUGAAUAUCCUGCCUGGCCGUAGAUGAUAUAAUAAAAAUACUAGUUAAUCAUAGGUUGUCUUACUUAUAUCGGAAAAUACAAGCUUCAUAUAACUAUUAUUUAUCAAGUUAAUUAAAGUUGAAUACAAGUAAUUUGGUUUAUCAUUGGCAUAUUGAAUAUCAGACGAGGAGAUUGUUUAAAAUUAAUUAAUAUUUUGAUACAAAGUAAAAGUUAAUUAGUUGUAGCUCUUAAACUUCAGGGUAUAAAUGUUAUUUUAGUGAAUAAACGUAGAUUUCAUAA